AUGGGCAAUGGAUUUAGUGUAUUUUGUAAUCAAAUUGAUGUUGAACCAAAGAUAAUUAAAAUAUUCCCUAAAAAAGUGAAAUUCAAUCCUAACAGACAUGAUCAAUGUGUUCAAUAUGCGGAACCAUUGAACAAUGAACGUGACGGUGAUGUGAAUGAUAAUGAAAGUGAUAUUAUCAAUGAUGAUCGAUGGAGAAAUGAUGUAAAAGACAGAAUUAAAGGCUUUUAUUAUGAUGAAGAUUAUUUGGAUAAAUUUAACGAUGAUGAAUGUCGUAAUAAAGAGAAGCGACAAAAUGAAUUACAAUAUGGAGGUGAUUUGAGUGUAAAGCAAUCUGACAUCACAUUAGAUAAUAAAGACACCAGUGAAGGAAUUACUCAAGAGGAAACAAAUCAUCAUAAUCAGUCAAUAUACACUGAUAAAGAAAUUUUUGAAAAUAAAAUAAACAUUAUCGAAGAAAAUCUAAACUUGAUAAUUUAUACAUCAAAGUACAAUGUACAAAAAUGUUUUAAAUCUAUAGGAUUUAACUUAAAUGUGCCAGAAAUCCAUAUAUUUCAAGUACCAAACAAUUCUCUUCAAUCUAUGAAUUCAAUAUCAACAGAUUUAACUAUACAAAAUGCUGAACAGUCGGUUGAAGAACUAACAUCACGACCCAAUAAAAUGAAUUCAUCGUCUUGUCUGCAAACUGCAACUGAUAAAUUUCAAUUAAAUAGUCUAGAAAAUAUUCAAAUGUCUGAUCUAUACGACAAGUAUUCAUAUUCAGAUGAACAAUUUCAAAACUGUACCAACCAAAUGAAAUUUGAUAAAGGUGUUCAAUGUCACUUAUGCUGUAAACAGUCCAUACAGCUACAGCAAUCCUCCAAAACAAAUCAACAGUCUGAAGAAGAAGAAGGGAGAAGACAAGUUAAAUAA